UAUUGGGCGUGCAUUGUUGGAAUGGUUGUAUGAUAGCGCCUAAAGGACAUGUACUUUCAAGUAUGACUCUCUACAUACUAGAGACAAACUACUACCCAACCACUAUAAUGGAUGCAUAUGGCUUAUCUCUCUACCCAUCUUUGCCUAACCAUUUGUUGAUAAUCGUCACUUGUUUUAUUAAACGAUCAGGUGUUCAACAAUUCUAUUCAUUUGUGACGCGCUGCCAGAAUCUUUCUCUUCAUUUAAUCACUCCCAUCGGGGUUUGUUACUUAGUAGAUUGCUUGCUUCCCGAUAAUACUGGACUCUAUCCGUAACUACCUACCUACCUACCACUGCCCCGCCGUUGACCUUAAUAAGUGCCCGCCAAGGUAUUUCAAGCAUUCAACUCUAGACCUCACCCAACCACAACCUUUCUAUACGUGACUCUAUCGAAAGCUACCGCUACGACGACAAGAUAUCUUACGAACAAGCUUUCGCCGAUACAAGAACCGCAUUCGCCGAUAUCGAAUAUCAUCAAAAUACCUUCACAUACCCCGACUCCAUCAUGGCUCUCCCCAAGCGCAUUAUCAAAGAGACAGAACGGCUCAUGGCCGAGCCUGUUCCAGGAAUCAGUGCCGUUCCUCACGAGGAUAACCUCCGAUAUUUCGAUGUCCAAAUUCACGGUCCUGCCCAGUCUCCGUAUGAGGGCGGUGUUUUCAGCCUCGAGCUCUUCCUCCCCGACGAUUAUCCAAUGACUCCUCCCAAGAUUCGAUUCCUCACCAAGAUCUUCCACCCAAACGUCGAUAAGCUUGGUCGUAUUUGCCUCGAUGUCCUCAAGAAUAACUGGUCUCCCGCCCUUCAGAUCCGAACUAUCCUCUUGUCGAUCCAGGCUCUCCUCGGUGCUCCUAACCCGGAUGAUCCUCUCGCUGCAGAUGUCGCCAAGAGCUGGAAGGAGGAUGAGCAGGCCGCUAUUGCAACCGCCAAGGAAUGGACGGCCCAAUAUGCGAAACCUUGAGAGAAAAUGAUACACCAAGAAUAAAUACCUAUGAAAAAAAAGCAGAAUUUGAACACCCAGGGAUGAUCAAGUUGGGAGAACAAAUGCUGGAGUUCAGGUGCCAAGCGAUGUCUCAUGGAGAUACUUUCCGUUGACUUUGAAUGUGUACGUUGGCACUCGCAGGUUUGCUCUUGUUCUUGUCUGAUAGACCUGAAUGCUUUUGCUGUCAAGAAACGCAUCGCUUUUUUGUCUAGUUUCACGCUGAUACUUUAACAAUACCUGCCGCUUUAGUGUGAAAGGAUUGUAUCCAAUUCCUGCUCCAGGUAGUUCCUUGACCUUUCAGUUACUACUAGUUCGUUGUUCCUCGCCGUAUCUCCACGACUACGACAUGCCACAGCUGUGAUCUGAGUCUUGCUCUCUAUGCAAAUCAG